CAUAAUAUGAGCUGGUGCGUUAUGGAGCGAUGCUAGCCUAUUAUACCGCUGUACAGCCCAGCCUAACGCUACACGUGAAUAUGUACUUUUUUCAGCUGUAUUGGGUCGUCGCUCCAUGGCCAAUGUUAACGAAGUUUAACGGUGAAAUAAGAAAUUGAUAACGAGCGUCCUGGGUAGUUCCGGUCCUUUCUCUUUUAUGCUAGACUGCUCUGCGACGUCGUUAUGUUUUUAACUAAUAUGGAUUCAAAAAGAGUAGACAUUCCUCCCGGCGUACUGGACGACCUCUGCAGUCGGUUCAUCCUCCACAUACCAAGUGAGGAGAGGGACAACGCCAUACGUGUGUGCUUCCAGAUUGAGCUCGCCCACUGGUUCUACCUGGACUUCUGCAUCCAGAACACCCCAGGACUACCCCAAUGUGGGAUAAGGGACUUUGCCAAAGCUGUUUUUCACCACUGUCCAUUUCUUCUGCCUCGUGGGGUGGAUGUACAGAAUGUUAUAGAACAGUGGAAGGAAUAUAAGAUGGGGGUCCCAACCUAUGGUGCAAUUAUUUUAGAUGAAGCCCUUGAAAAUGUAUUGCUUGUUCAAGGCUAUCUGGCAAAGUCAGGGUGGGGUUUUCCAAAGGGAAAAGUAAAUGAAGAUGAGGCGCCUCAUGACUGUGCAGCUCGAGAAGUUUUGGAAGAGACGGGCUUUGUUAUCAAGGAUCGUAUCUGUAAAGACAUGUACAUCGAGCAGAAAAUUACUGACCAGUUGGCUCGACUGUACAUAAUAACCGGAGUGUCAAAGGAUACGAAGUUCAAUCCCAAAACAAGGAAAGAAAUAAGGAACAUUGACUGGUUUUCUAUUGAGAAGCUACCAUGUCAUAGGAAUGACAUGACUCCAAAGUCCAAACUCGGACUUGCCCCAAAUAGGUUUUUCAUGGCCAUUCCAUUUGUAAGGCCACUCAGAGAAUGGAUUGCCAAGCUAAAGGGAGAAUCGACAGACAGUGAUGAGGAUCUUUCCAUCAAUGGCAGCACUCCAUGCAAACCUCUGGAAAACCCUUGGACAAACUAUAAGCAGCCCCAGGGUAAUGAAACAUCUCCAGAGGACAACAGGGGGAAACACAAACAGCAGAAGACCCUUGGACAGCUGAGCCAAUAUGAGAAAGAAGAGAGAAGACUUCAACCCAGAAGACAGCAGGAUAACUUUGAGAAAGAUGCAGUUCCUUGCAGUUCUAUCAACGGCCAUCCAACAGUCUACAACAGCGACUACGAGCAUCAUCUUUCCUCCGUGUCCUUCCUCAACUUCAGAUUUGAUAAGGAAGCCAUCAUGAAAUGUUUUGACCACUAAUAUGGGUUUUGACUUGCUGUGCCUUUUUAUAACAUCCUACCAGCUUCUUUGCUUUUGUUACCAUUGUUUGUCAAGGGAGGGGUUUUGCCCCGCUUCAGAUUUCUACAUGAACAAAUGAUGAUUAGAAACUGCCCGGCACAUCCACACUAAACUACUGUUUGCCCUGCAAUAUUCACUCUGCUCCACCACAGCAACUGGUGGUUAAGUGCCUUGCUCAAGAGUAUCUAAAUGAUCAGUUUUGAGAUGGGGAAAGUUUGAGUGAUUUGUUAUCCCUCCCGACAGCUCCUCCAGCUGUGUCUGGUCACAGGGCCCUUUUGUUGCUCACCUUUAAGCUGCUAGGCUGAAAGUGGUAGUACAAUUGUGGAGAAAGCAAGUUUUGAAAACUUACAUUCUUUGACAGAAGAAAAGUAUUUUCCAGUUUCAGAGAUUAACUCAAUAGUACCAUGUUUCAUUUUGGGACUUUUAAUAUAAGUUUUAUUACUUCGUUUUUGGGGUGUGCUGAUGAACGACCUAGGUGAGGAGGUGGUACUUUGUAUUAGAAAUAAAUAAAUAAAAUUACACCAGACAACAGAUUUUUUCAAAUUUUGCAUCCUGAAAUUUUUUUUUAGAGAUUACAACAGACAAUGUCAAGAGGAACACAAAAAUAAUCUCAGACUUGCUGUAUCACGUAGGAAUUUGGAGAAAGGUUAAAAUAACUUUUAUUGAAUUUAACACGUUUAAUCACAUAAUGAUGCUGACACAUUGUGUU